GGUUCAAUGCAAUGUGUUGUGUGAGUUCAGUUACUCCACCAGUAAGUGUAUGUUUGUACUGUUUCAGGUGAUCAGUAGUGUGUGAGUUCUCACAUGGCUUGUUCUGAGAACAUGUUUUUUCUCAUUGGCUUCUUUAUGUCAGUCUCUCCUAAGGACACCUCGGCCUCCAUCAGUCCAGCUGAUCGAGUAUUAGUGGGCAGCUGUGUUAUUCUGACCUGCAGCAGUACAGCCAACCCUCCUGUGCCAACCUUCACCUGGUUCCAGAUCAGUGAGGGUAAAACAAUUACAGGUGAUCAGUAGUGUGUGAGUUCUCACAUGGCUUGUCCUGAGAACAUGCUUUUUCUCAUUGUCCUCUUUAUAUCAGGUGUUUUGGCCUGUUUUGGCCAACGAAAUUUGAUCACCACAAUGCCAGAUAGACUGGAUGUACUGACUGGCUCCUGUGUGCAAAUCCCAUGUUCAUUUGAUAUUCCUGACCAACAUAAGGAUACAUUUAACAGCUCAAUACUACUCUCUGGAGUGUGGAUGAAAGAAUCCCCAUACUUUGGUGAGCGUCCGGACAGAGUGAUAUUUAACAGUCGUGAGACGGUCAACAGAUAUCAAGGGAAGAUAACUGGAAACAUGUCCCAGAAGAACUGCACCACAGUCUUCUUCAAUGUAACCACCGAUUACACUAAUAUAUACUUCUUCAGGAUUGAGAGUCAACCAUACAGUGCAACAGAUCCUGUUAAGUCUGUUGAUAUAGUUGUCAGUGAUUUGCCUUCCAGUCCCAUUAUUACUGUCUCAGGUGAGGUGAAGGAAGGGACCCCUGUCAGUUUGAACUGCUCUGCUGUCACUCCCUGUCCUGAACACCCCCCUGAGCUGACAUGGACUCCCCCAACACAGUUCACAACUGAGAACCAACUGCAGGAGAAUCCAGACCAAACAAAAUCAGUUCUCUCCACAGUGACCUUCACUCCAUCAUACCUUCAUCAUGAGAAGAACAUCACUUGUACUGCAGUCUACCCAGUAGGGACAAGAAACAAGACAGCUGAACAUAACAUGAUGCUUAACGUUUCAUUCUCUCCUAAGGACACCUUGGCCUCCAUCAGACCAGCUGAUCCAGUAUCAGUGGGCAGCUGUGUUAUUCUGACCUGCAGCAGUACAGCCAACCCUCCUGUGACAGACUUCACCUGGUUCCAGAUCAGUGAGGGUAAAACAACUCAGGUAGCAUCUGGACAGAGUUACUUCCUCAAUGUGGCUGUUGGUGAUGGAGGACUGUACUACUGUGAAGCAAGAAAUAGUCACGGCUGUGGGAAGUCAAAGGAAGUGCAGCUGGCUAUAAAAGGGCAAGAAGAGCCUGUUAACCCAAAGGUUUUUGAGAUUGUAGGAAAAACCUUGGGGUUGAUUUUCCUCUUCAGCCUGAUCGUAUUCUUUGCAUGGAGGAGGAGAACAUCUAGACUCCCCAGUGGGUUUGACAUGACAGACCGUUCACAGGGACUGGUGGGAAUGAACUCCCCGGUUAGGACAGUGUGCUCUAACCAGGCCACGGUCGGUAGAGGGAACCAGUAACCACCACUUAACCUAGAUGGUCUUUAGACACAAUAAAAGAGGUGCAUGUUAAUUAUUUUUCCAAUGGGUAUUAAGUGUUUUAUGUACAGUAUUGUCAUUGUGUAUUAGUUUUAAAUGUAUACUUUUGUUACAUUUAUAAUUGUGUACUCUUUGAUUAUAUGCAUAUUUGUAGAAUUUGCUGGGAUGAAAGGUAUUUAACUGUUACUAUAGUGUUGAUAUAAUGAUGCAGGCUACUCUUUAUUUUGGACCAUUUAUUUUGAGCGUUGAGUUCACAGAGCAUCUGUUUAAUGGGUUCCAGUAUAGGGGAACUGCUGAGUUCAACUAGCUCACUGAAGGCAGAUUAAGACCAUAUAAAGUCAAUGAUGACUGAGAAGAGAAGAGACAGUUAGUUGGAGAGACAGUUAGUUGGAGAGACAGUGGUCUGUUACAAGACAGGAAGUUGGUGCAGUAAGUCGACAUGAUGGCAGAAGGGUGUUAACAUCUACUAGUUACUGUUUAUCUUCAUCUUUUGUCCAGCUCCCAGAAUAACAAUAUCAUCUACUUUCAGUUUAUAUCUAUUUAGAAGUUAUCGCGUCAGCUUUUAUGUUGAGUGUUAAAUCGAAGAAACAAUUGAGACUGAAUCUAUUAAGGUUGUUUAUUAAUUGCCCUGCAAUAAAAACCUUUAC